GGAACGUAAGCCACAACAGUUGCAAUUAAUGUCGGUAGCCUCAUUUUCGGUUUUGGAAAACUGAACCAACAACUACUGAGUACAUGUCUUCUUUAUAGCUGUGCACAAUACAGUCACUAUAUGUGAUGUUACAGUAAAAGAACCCCUUGUGCACGCUGCUUCUGGCGCGGCCACUUGCUAGUUGGUAGCUAUUGGUAGCUAUUGGCUGAGGAAGGCCGGCCCUCAUAGAGCUUAUAUUUAGCGCCGACCCUAUGAAAAUGAUUACUUUCCAUAGUGCUAGAGACCAUGGCGUUGUCUGAACCACUGCUCUGUCCUCUGUCCACAAUCGGCGCGGCAGUACUUAGUAAAACAGAGGUAUAUAAAGAAUAUCUGUUUUCUGAUGGUAAUUGCACCGGCUGUUUGAUUGCACCUGUUGUUUAUCCAUUUCGCAAUGCUAUGAAAUACUUUGAAGCUAAUCCCCUUAGUAUUAUCUAUAGCCGCCUUGAUAUAUUUAGCUAUUGUCUUUGAGAGAUAUAGAUCUAUCUUAUUACCCUAAUAUCUAUUCUUUCUAAAGGUAAGGAAGCGCGCUAAUUCUUAGAGCUAAUUACUGACAGAUUUUAACCUUUAGAUAGAUUGGAUAAACUUGAUAUAAUAGAGAAUCAUUCAGUUCUUUAGUCUAUCUGACCAGGUAUCUGAUCUCGUAGACUUAGCCCAUGAUAUAUUAACCUAUGCCAGUAGCAGUCUAUCAGACUUGUGGAGCAAGUUUCAGUUAACUAUACCUGACUAUUAUGCAGUGGGACUC